ACCAUUUUUGCACACGUUUCUGUAAUGUCUGUGCCAAAAUAGUUCCUACAAAUUUCAAAAAAUUAUUAUUUCUCACCAUAACACGUAAUAAUGUUAGGUUAUUUUUGUGUCCUAUUUUUUGAAGUGUAUUAGCCGUUGACGACGGUUGGACGGAUAUGGUAACAUCGCGACCUUCCUGGUAUUGCAGAGCGUGAAGAUUUAAUUUAUUUUCACUGUACUACUUCUGUGAAAAUAGAAUUUACUUUCGAGCUGUUUUUAUUACGGACUGUUUGUCCCUUAUUGGCAAUCAGUUCAGGAAAAGAGGAAUCAGUAUAUAUUGCCAUGCUGGAUUUCGUGAUUUUUCAGUCAUGAGGACGUGCUACUGCCUUCUGGCGAUCCUCAGGUUCGCUACAGCGUACAAAAUCAUAACGAAAAGCAUGAUACACUCUCCCGAUGAGUUUCUAUACGAGCCGGUCCCGUUGAAAUCGAAGGACGACUUGACGACGAGCACCGUCCAGACAGGAUUCGAGCGUCUUAUCGGAGACGACCCGACGAAAAUGGAGCAUCCCGUGGAAGAACCGCCGACUGUUCCGACCCCCGAUGAAGAAGAGGAAGAGUACGAUGAGAGUUUUAUUCCCACGACAACGGAAACCGUCGAUACAACAACGGAACUUUCGAAAGAAUCUAAUAGAAACAGGACGAAGCUAUAUCCGGUAGGGAGGCUGUGGGAGAGGACUCGCAACGACAUAUGGUCCAUCAUUUCCGAAGCGUUCAGCUGCAUUUGGAGCGGUGUGGGUCUCGACUGUUUCACAUACAAGGUGGUGCCUAUGUUUAAAUCAUUAAUGGGAUAUCAAUCUUUUGACCAACCGCUGUACAUUUUGCCACGAGAAGGCGAAUUUGAAGGUCGAGGUAGAAAUGGAAGGAGGAACUCGGGACUCAAGCUGGCCAAGCUGACUCUCAUAGGACUCUUAGGCCUCAAGACUCUGAUCCUUCCCGUUUUGUUAGGUCUUGUGCUAAUAUCGGGUAAGACUCUGUUCGUCAGUCUCUUAUCGGGGAUCCUGACUGCCGCGGCCGCAUGGACGACGUCAAAAUCUGCCGACAGGCGAGUACAGACUGAUACGCCAUCUCAAAAUUACUACAUGUGAACAGAUUUGGGUAAAAACAAAAUGUAAAUAACGGUAUUGUACUUAAUCACAAAUCACCGAAUCCCUUCCGACUUAAAUUAUACGUCUGCAAAGGUCAUGGAGUUUGUAGGACUUUCUCUUACACACGACUUUUAACGGAAAAAUGUCUGUAAAUAGCAAGAAAUUAUUUGUUAUAAACGAAAAAUAAAAUUUUAUAUAUUA